AUGCGCGAGCAUUUCUCUGUCAGGAGAUGGGGUUUACAUCCACGCCCGCCUGCCUUGGAGUCUGAUCUCGUACAUAACUUCGUCAAUGACUUAAAGGGCUUUCCUAAUCUUCGGAAUGUUACUCUCACGCAGCAGACUCUCUGGGAGCCGUGGUUCAACGCGUGUCCGGGAUUCGAAAAUGAACGCAGCUUCUGCGACGAGAUGCGCUUAAUCAACAUGCUGCCCCCCUCCAUCGAGUCCUUCGCGCUCUACGACGUCACACCAGAUUUCCUACCGUGCCUUUUUGAAUUGGCGCUGCACGUAGCCAGCGGGUUGGGAUUCCAGAACUUGAAGGAGGUCACCUUGCGACCGUCGCCAAAUUUCAUCCGACAGCUCAAGCACGCGAGAUGUCACCAGGACGACCCUCACCUGCAGUUCUUUGACGAGCAUGAUAGAUCUUGCCGUCUGGAUCAGACGCUUUUACCUCGCUGGGGAGCAAUCGGCAUGAUGUUCAAGAGCAGCGGAGUGCGGGUUGAUGCCGCCCUCGAGGUGCACCCGCUUGACACUGAGGACCCGGAGCCUCUGCAGCGACAACGCGAGUUACAGCACUGGUGCGAUAAGUGCCACUUUGAUUCUUCUGUCUGUGUUCAUCGGGAGCCGGGGCUUUUUGACGUCUACGCCAAUUGA